AUGGUUUUGGUUUGUUUAAUGGAACAACAAAUAAUUAGUAAAGAUAAGGGAGUUGUUGGAUUAAAUGAAGAUAAAGCAUACUUUAAUUCAGGAACAAAUAUUAAUCUUGAAUCAACAGAUGUAGAGAAAUUAAUUGAUAAGUGUGUUAAAAAAAUUAUUGAAGAUUUAGAGAUAUUUCAAAAAAAUGGAAGUGGAUGGUAUUUUAAAGAAGUGGUUCAACUUGAAAUUCAUAUUGUUGAGUUUAAUCCAGCGAAGGGAUCAUCUUACAUUCCUCUUCCAGAUUGGAUAUCAAAUAAAAAAGCAAUUGUUAAUAUUCAAAACAAAGAUGAGAAAUGUUUUAUUUGGUGUGUACUGAGAUAUCUUCAACCAAAAGAAAUACAUGAAGAAAGACUAGCAGAUUUAAAAAAGUAUGAGUUUUCACUUAACACCAAGGGAAUUGAUUUUCCUAUGAAAUUAAAAGAUAUUUCCAAAUUUGAAAAACUUAAUCCAUCUAUUCCAGGAAUCAAUGUUUUCUCAGUUAAUGAAAGUAAAAAGUUUUAUCCUUUGAGAAUGGCAGAGAGAGAUUGUUUAAAUACUAUUGAUUUAUUUUUGUAUGAAGAAGAUGGUGUUUCACAUUAUUCACUAAUUAAAGACUUUACUCGUUUGAUUAAGACGCAAAAAACUGCAAGUAAGAAUGGUUCAUUUUAUAUUUGUAAAAAAUGUUUUACUCAUUUUACUAAGUAUGAAUUAUUACAAAAACAUAUCUUAUAUUGUUCAAAUAAUGAAACAGUUUCUGUAAAAAUGCCAAAAGAAAAAACGAUGUUGGGUUUUAAAAAUUACCACAAACAGUUGCCAAUUCCUUUUGUAGUUUAUGCAGAUUUUGAAUGUUUUACCAAACCAAUGAAUACUUGUAGUCCUAACCCAAAAGAAUCAUAUACUUACAAUUACCAAAAGCAUGAACCAUCAGGAUUUUGUUUUUACAUUAAAGGAAUAGAUCCUAAUAUAACAUUUAAACCAAUUAUAAUGUCGCUGAGAUAUUUGUUUCUAAAAUUGCAAAAGUAACUAAUAAGAUAUAUAAUGAUUUUUAUCGUCGACCAAUACCUCUUCGUCUAACAAGACAAGGACAAAUAUCCUUUGAUAAAGCGGAAACAUGUCAUAUUUGUAAGAAAGAAUUACUGUCUGACAAAGUUAGAGAUCAUUGUCAUUUUACUGGCCAGUACCGUAGGGCUGCUCAUAACAGUUGCAAUCUCCAGUGUCGAAAACCAAUGAUUCUUCCAGUUAUAUUUCACAAUCUUCAAGGAUAUGAUGCACAUUUAUUUAUAAAACAACUUGCUUGUUUACCAGGUGAGUUAAACUGUAUUCCAUCUACGGAAGAAAAGUAUAUUUCCUUUUCCAAAAAGAUUAAGGUUGAGGAGUAUAAAUCUAGACGCAAUGGAGAGACUAUUCCAUUAUAUUUCGAAAUACGAUUUAUAGAUUCAUUCAAGUUUCUUCAAACAAGUCUUGCUAAUCUAGUGGGUAAUUUACAACCAGAUACAAAAGAAAUAUUUAAGGAAAAUGUAGAUCUAUUAACUCGUAAGGGAGUUUAUCCAUAUGACUAUGUUUCAUCACUCGAAAAACUAUCAGAAACACAAUUACCAGCAAAAGAAGAGUUCUAUUCAAAACUAAAUGAUGAAGAAAUAACUGAUGAUGAUUACCAACAUGCUAUAAAUAUUUGGAAUACUUUCAAAUGUAAAACAAUAAGAGAUUAUCAUAAUCUUUAUCUAAAGUCUGAUGUCCUAAUUUUAUCAGAUGUAUUUGAAAACUUUAGAAAAACUUGUCUUCAUCAUUACAAUCUGGAUCCAGCACAUUAUUACACCACUCCUGGUCUGGCUUGGGAUGCAUGUCUCAAAGAAACAGGUCAAGAAUUACAACUAUUACAUGAUUAUGAUAUGUUGAUGAUGUUUGAGCGAGGGAUAAGAGGUGGAAUAUCUCACAUAUCAAAGAGAUAUGCAGAAGCAAAUAACAAAUAUAUGAAAGAUUAUAAUCCUGAUAAGGAGUCUACUUAUAUCCAAUAUCUUGAUGCAAAUAAUCUUUAUGGA